CAGUUUAUUUCUGUUCUGUUGAGUUGCAGGAACGCGUUCUUUUCUACUUUCCGUUCGGUUUUAUUUCCUUAUUAUUAUUGUUAUUACGAAUUAGUUUCACGUUUCGGUUUGGCUUGGUUUUUCAUUUUUCAAACGGCACACACCAUCCACACAAUUUGAUCAAUAAUAUUCCAGAUAUUAUUUGCUUCGGUUAUUUCUAUUUGAAUGAGUACAACUUUUCCGUUUGUCUCGUCUUUUGUUUUGUGGAGCGCUUUCUCGUUCGGUUAUUAUUAAAAAUAUAAAACCAAACAUCGCCAGAAAAUUGUUUCGUAAUCGCAUAGGAACCUACAGAUUACCAACCACUUUCAUUUGAUAUUCCCCCGAACAGAAAUCAAAGUAAUCUUUCUGGCAUACCACAUUACUCAUACGUAGUGGAUAUCGUUGGUGUGGCGCUUUUAACUAGACUAUAGUAGGAGGAGCUAAGAACGGACAGCGGACUUUCUUUAAUCCACUGCCGUUGCUAGGAGUGUGCAUCUGAAAGGGACUUCACAGCAGUAUUAUAUCUACAGCCACUUAUUUGAUUUUCUCGCCAUCUCUAUUUCUGUCUAUUGAACCAGUUUUCGAAGAAGAAAGCUCAGCUUCCGCAACAUGGUCGAAGGUCAGACAGCCGUGCAGCAGCAGCAGCAGCAGCAACCACCAUCCGGCGCGGGCGGUGCCAGCGUCGUGGGAAGCACCACCGGAUCCGCAGGAGGACCGACUCCGGCCAACAAUGUGACCAACAGUCAGGCCCAAACCAAUGGGGGUACCACUGCGGCAGCAACUGCCGCAGCAGGUACCGGAUCCACGACAAAUGCGGCCGGUGGCCAGGCCACUGCAAACAAUGCUGCGAGCAACAACAACAAUAAUAAUAAUAAUACCAACAACAACAAUAACAACAACAACAACGCCACUGCAAACAACAAUAACAAUAAUGAGCCAGACCCCAAGACCAAUUUGAUUGUGAACUACUUGCCACAGACGAUGUCGCAGGACGAGAUUCGUUCGUUGUUCGUCAGUUUUGGCGAGGUGGAGAGCUGCAAGUUGAUUCGCGACAAGGUGACAGGCCAAAGUCUGGGGUACGGAUUCGUGAACUACGUGAAGCAAGAGGAUGCGGAAAAGGCAAUCAACGCAUUGAACGGCCUCAGGCUGCAGAACAAAACCAUCAAGGUCUCCAUAGCACGCCCCAGCUCCGAGAGCAUCAAGGGUGCCAAUCUCUAUGUAUCGGGUCUUCCAAAAAAUAUGACACAGUCGGACUUGGAAUCAUUGUUCAGUCCGUACGGCAAGAUCAUAACCUCGCGUAUUCUUUGUGAUAAUAUCACUGGUCUCUCCAAGGGCGUUGGCUUUAUACGCUUCGAUCAGCGAUUUGAGGCCGACCGGGCCAUAAAAGAGCUGAACGGCACCACUCCGAAGAAUUCCACCGAACCCAUCACCGUCAAGUUCGCCAACAAUCCUAGCAGCAAUAAGAACAGCAUGCAGCCUUUGGCAGCCUACAUAGCGCCCCAAAACACGCGUGGCGGACGAGCAUUUCCGGCCAACGCUGCUGCUGGAGCGGCAGCCGCCGCCGCUGCAGCUGCCAUUCACCCCAACGCGGGUCGUUACAGCUCUGUAAUCUCGCGGUACUCACCGCUGACCAGUGACCUGAUCACCAAUGGCAUGAUCCAGGGCAACACCAUUGCCAGCUCCGGCUGGUGCAUUUUCGUCUACAACCUGGCGCCCGAGACCGAGGAAAACGUGCUCUGGCAGCUGUUUGGUCCUUUUGGAGCAGUGCAGUCGGUUAAGGUUAUUCGUGAUCUGCAAAGCAACAAGUGCAAGGGCUUUGGCUUUGUCACCAUGACAAAUUACGAAGAGGCUGUUCUGGCCAUCCAGUCGCUAAACGGCUACACACUUGGCAACCGAGUUCUUCAGGUCAGCUUCAAGACCAACAAGAACAAGCAAACGUAAUUAUUAACCAAGUUGGCUGCUGUUGUCAAUGCCAAUGCGGCGGCGGCAGCUUUGGCGGCCAAUGGUCUAGUCCUCCAUAAUCAUCACCACCACAGCAACAUCGGUAGCAUCAACAAUAAUAAUAACAACAGCAACGGCUGCAACGUAGCAGCCUAUCAACUUGGCAAAUACGCUAACCACAGCAGCAACAACAGGCAGCACAACAUCAACAGUAGCACUAGCAACACGAGCAAACAGAAGCCAGCAUCCUCGAGCAACAAGCAACAAUCAAUGGCGCCACCUAAGAGAUUAGCGAGCAGCACUGCAGCAACAGCAGGGGAUUUGGCCGCAACUGCCACCAACAGCAGUAGCAGCAGUCACUCGGCGUCCAGCGGCGAUGCCGGAGCCACCGGCACAGCCGCAUCCUCCUCGUUGUCGUCGUCGAGCAACAACAUCCUGAAGACAUCCACGAAGUUUAUUUACAAUAAGCCCCAGAACCACUACGAGUUGUUGCAGCAGCAGCUUCAGCUGCAGCAGGAGUUUGCCCAGUUCUUGACCAAUGUGGCCAACAGCGCCGCAACUCCAUCCAGCAACGGCUCGGCUAACUCGACAAACCAGCGUAAUGGAGGUGGAACCAUCGGCAUGGGUCUGGGAAUAUCGGCCAACUCAGCCGGCGGAGGUUCGGGUAACAAAAACAGUAACGGCAACAAUGGCUAUAUGCCAACCUGGUCUAAUUGGUUCUUUUAAAGUUUACUUUGGUUUGUCAUCAGUCCAUUUCACGGAUCCUUUGUAAUUUUAGGCAACGACUACUCAGUUUAUGAUUUAUUGAUAUAAGUUUAAAAUGCGCGAAGUAACAGAAUUGUUCACAUCUUGAGUUAAUUUGUUUUUUCAGUGAAAUAAUGUAACCAUAAUUUCUUACGUUGAUUAAGUUUUGAAAUCGUUUUUUGUUUAUGCCCCCAUUAUAUUUUUAAGAUUAGAUUCAAUUUGUAGAACUUACAUCUUUCGUUAAUGCACUUUUAAACCGUCUAGUCGACUCUCCCAAAGAGAAAAGCUUCCAUGAGGAGAAGGGCAAACAGAAGAGAUAAUGCUUUAGUUAAGUUUUUGUUUGAGGUGUAAUACGCAUACUCUACGGAUAUUUUUAAACAAGAGUAAAAAUACAACUUGCAGGCAUUGAAGCCCCAAUCCACCAAAGAAUGAAAACAAACUUGACAAAUAUUUAAGCUAAAAAUAAAUGUAUAAAAAGAGAUACGAAAACAGAACUGAAUGAGUAAACAGAUAGAGGCGUUUGGCUUAUAGUCAAACCACUUGCAAAUAGACAAUGCAGAAUGAGAAGGAAGCUAGAUGCGAAAGAAAACCAAACGGAGCAAAACAAAUAAGACAUACGCGUGUUUAUGUUUUAUAAAUUUAAUGUAAAACUUUUGCUAAAAAUAAAUGGUGUAUGCAUAAUAUUA